GAUAAUGUGAAUGGAACAGUCAUGCAAAGUCAUUCAGUGCCACUGUCGACUGAACGUUGAACUGCUCUUUGCACUAGCUCCAGCGGGAAAUUUCGAACAGGCCUAUAUAUCUACUGGCAUUUUCGGCACGUUCGGUCAGUCCACGCCAUUGUUCGCGUCAUGGCUAUCCAGUGGGGCGGAGUGGCGGCGCUGGUGGUGUUCUAUCUACUCAUCUUCGCUGUCGGAAUAUGGGCAUCCAGGAAGAUCAAAGGGUCUGCUAAUACGGAGAGAGCAAUGGUAGCAGACAGGGAUUUUGGCUGGGGUGUUGGCCUUUUUACGUUGAUUGCUACAUGGGUUGGAGGAGGUUACAUCAAUGGAACAGCAGAGAUCGUUUUUACCCCUGGGUGGGGUCUCGUAUGGGCCCAAGCACCGUGGGGCUACAGUCUCAGUUUUGUCAUAAAUGGCCUUUUCUUCGCCAAGCAGAUGAGAUCAGCUAAUUACGUCACAAUGAUAGACCCGUUUCAGAUCAAGUAUGGCAACCGAAUGGGCGGGCUUCUGUUUUUGGCUGCAUUGACGGGAGAAUUGCUGUGGUGUGCCGCCAUUUUAGCAGCGCUAGGAUCAACUAUCAGUGUCAUCCUAGAGCUGGAUCAAAAUCUUUCCGUCAUUAUCUCGGCAUGCAUCGCUGCAGCAUACACGCUCUUCGGCGGGCUUUUCUCAGUGGCCUACACUGAUAUCCUCCAACUGAUCUGUAUAUUCCUCGGUCUGUGGAUCUGUUUACCCUUUGCGAUGACCAAUGCUGCUGUCACACCUAUCAAGGACACAACGGAUCGCUGGGUAGGCGAGUGGGACGUCAGGACUACUGGACAAUGGCUUGAUAGUUUCCUACUGAUACUCUUAGGCGGGGUACCUUGGCAAGCUUACUACCAACGCGCUCUAUCGGUCAAGUCAGCUGACCACGCCCGUUACCUCUCAUUUGCUGCAUCUAUUGGGUGUAUCAUUAUCAGCAUCCCCGCCUACAUCUUGGGGGCCGUCGGGGCCAGUACGGACUGGAACAUGACGGCCAUUAAUCUGAAUAAAACGGAUCCAUAUAAGACACCCGAAAUCGUCCUCCCCGCCGUCGUCCAGUUCCUCACCCCUCCAGUGGUCGCCUUCCUCGGCCUUGGGGCCAUAUCAGCCGCGGUGAUGUCGUCCACCGAUUCGUCUGUCCUCGCCUCGAGUUCCAUGUUCGUUAGGAACAUCUACAAGAACAUCCUCAGAACUUCUGCAUCGGAGCUUGAGCUGAUUUGGAUUCUUCGACUCACAGUUCUCAUUGUUGCAACCCUCGCUACCGUCUUGGCUCUGACCGUCGAGUCUAUCUACAUCCUCUUCGUUCUCUGCUCCGACUUCGUUUACGUCGUACUCUUUCCGCAGUUUGUGUGCGUCGUCCACAUCGAAAAAUCCAACACAUACGGCUCCUUUGUCGCGUUCAUCCUCGGUCUCUUUCUCCGACUGGCCGGUGGGGAGCCCGCCCUCAACCUCCCAGUCCUGAUAAGAUACCCAUACUACGACAAGGAACUCGGUCAGUUGUUCCCUUUCCGAACUCUGGCGGCGAUCGUGUCUUUCGUGUCCCUGGUCGUCAUUUCGUGCAUCACCGAUGUCGUUUUUAAGAGAGGUUUUCUUCACGAGAAAUACGACAUCUUUAAAUGUGUGGUCGACACCGAGGUCAAGUCGGCCAAGGAGGUCAUCGUUAAAAGUACGUCCGAUCCCACGGGCAUGACGGAAGACAAGUGUGUCGGCAUUGACAACGUAGCCAUGACCGAUUUCUAGGGCCUUUUACAACCGAUAAUGUCGCAGCGACGCAUAAUGUCGCAAUUGCGACAUUAUGCGUUGAUUGUGACAUUAUGCGUUGGAUGAUUUUGGCAUAAUGUCACAGCCAACGCAUAAUGUCGUACGUAGCUUAAAUUACUAACGCAUAACGUCGCAAGUCUUAACGCAUAAUGUCGCAUCGGUAUUCUAUUCAGGAAUCGAGUUGCAGAAAGUUAUAUUUUCACUCAGUAAUUUGUUCAAGCUCUGUCAUCUGACCGUUUUAGUAAGUGUGUUUGGUGGGACACUCAAGCGCGAAAGCAGGGGGGGGGGGCAUUAUUGAAUCCAUCAUGAUGAAAAGUUGUCACUUUUUAAAGAAUUGAUAUUUUAUCGUUGUUCAUGACAUUUUAGAAAGAAAUUAUAUUUCGUAUUGUAACUCGCAAUGUACCGUAUGACAAUAAUUUUAUAAGCGAUAGGUCCUAUACCAAUUUUCCCCCGGGGGAGAGGAGAGCACGUGAUAAAUUAAGAACACGUUGGUAAGUAGCGUGAGGGGGCAGAAUUAAUAACCAUCCCCGGAAAAGUAAAAACCUUUCUUUCUUACUGAAGAGUUUCAAAAAAUUUAAUAAAAUGUGCACGAAAUCAUUAAAUAGCACUUAAGAUUCGUUUUUCACACCCCUCCUCACAGAAAAAAAAAUAUGCGUAUGUAUUUCUUUAAAAAAGAUCACCGGGCAUUACAAUGUUUUACAUGCAUUGACAACCUAUUUUCGUUUCUCUUCUAAAUAACGAGACCCCCCGAGCAGUGGCGGCACCAUGAUUUUAAAACUGGUAGGUGGCAAAGGAAAAGUUGGCGACCCCAACUCAAGCUCUGCUUUCAGGGUUUUCGCCUCCUUCAAAAUUGUGUCGAAAUAUAUACUGUAUUCGUUACUAUGUCAAAUAUUAUUUUGUAUCUGUUUGAAGGAAAUAAAUGUGAUUUUCAAUCAAAAUCAAUCAAAAGAGGGGGGGGGGUAACAUUUAUUUUGCAUGUUUCACAAAAUGGAGUGUGAAGCACGAGCUUUGUGACUAGGGCGCUGGAUCCAACUUGUGGGUCCCUGCUGGAGUCCAGGGGCAGAGCACGCAUACAUAUGUGUUUCUAAUACAGUAUAUACAGCGGGAUUUCGCCAAAAGGGGGUGGGGCGCAGAAUGUUUUCAUUCAUGUUUUCCCGAUCGGCCGCUAAAAGCCAUUUCUUGCUGUUGGUUUAUAGAGGGAGCAGUCCCAACUAAAGACUGAAGUCUUAAGUACACUUAAUUAGCUUUAUUCUUACAAAGAAGAUAGGUUAUCUCACAUUGCCUAAAUAGAUAAUGAGAACGCGAAGCGCGAGCUCAACUUUUUGGAUAUUUGAUGCAUUUAGACCAAAGCAAUGAACAUUCUGAGCAGUUUUUAGCAGUAUAAGAUAUGCGAGCGAGAAUCGCGCGCUAAAUGUUUAAAAUAUUAAUGGCACAUUCCGAGUAACUAACAAUACAAAUUAUAAUUUCUUUAUUAAAAUGUCAUGAACAACAAUGAAAUAAAAUUAAAUUUGGAUUUAAUUUUCAGUUAGAUGACUUUACUCUAUUGUAAAAUAAGUUAAAUUGCAUGUUUAGCGAUAUGCACAGAUGAUUGGUGGAAUGUGUAUAUUUGCGUUUCACUAGUCCACACAUAAUUUUUUUUUUAAGUCCACCCCCUUCUCCUGACAAUGAAUUCGAUACUGACCCCCUCCCCUGCAUCCGCACCUGCCCCACCAAACACGCUCUUAAAAAACGUUCAGAUGACAAAGCUUGCACAAAUUAAUCAGUGAAAAAUAUUUUAUGUCUUAUAUUUAACUCGAGUCCUGAACUGAAUACCGCUGCGACAUUAUGCGUUAAGACUUGCGACGUUAUGCGUUAGUAGAAAAGCUACAUUAUGCGUUGGACGCUCUUGGCAUAAUGUCGCAAUCGACAUUAUCGGUUGUAACAGGGCCCGAUUGCCAGGUCUAAUCAUUAAUUGAAGAACUAGAGAUAUAUUGAUAUGCUUUUCGACUUGCACAUGGCCGUACCCAGCAGAGGGGGGGGGGGGUGCCCCCGAGAAAAUUUGAAAACCUACAUUUUUUACUUAAAAUUUUCAUAAAAUUCACCAAAAGUGUGCACGAAAUACUUAAAUUUUACUUUCAAAAAUACAAAAGCGCCCCCAUUAGAAGCUUGCUCGCUUCGAUUUCUCGCUUUUGACUUUCUUCAAAAAAAUUACACGUCUUGCACCCCCCAAUAAAAAAAAUUAUGCGUAUGGCCAUGGACUUACACAUAUUUUAACCUAGGCCAUUUUUGCCUCUGCCAUUUGCACCUUUGCCGUUUUUAACCCUGUUAUGUUUUCUUUUGACCUUUUUGCCAUUUACGCCGAAUUAACCGACAAACAAAAUGCGUGUAUAUCAUAGAAGUCUGAGUUAACUCACAACCAACUUGUUAUGCAGUCCUGAUUGGCUAAAAGACCAAAAGUUUCAGCAUGUCUCUACUCACGACGUUUUUGUAAAAAAAAAUGUAUCUUGUGUGAUCCCUCACCAAUAUGAUGAUGUGAUAUAAAUUCUUCUUUCAAAAAAUGUCAUAGCCGAUAAACGAAACAUAAAGAAAAAUCUUCAAAAUUUGUUUUUAGUAUUAUUGUUGCUGCCUAUGGGAAUGAUUUAAAAAAAAGUCACGAAGUUUGAAUGAUCAUUCCAACGAGGCCGGUGACCUAUCACCUUUAUUCUCUUCUAUCUGAAAUAAUUCCCUCAGUACUUGAAUAUACACUUUGUAUCAUUAAUCAUUGAUAAAAUAUGUAAUCAUCUUGAAGGUACCUGUUAUUCAUAUGUGUGGCUACGUAUGCUGCUGAAAAUGCUUUUUAUAUUUAAAUUCUAGAAACAUAACAUAUGCAUACUUAUAUUUUUCAUGACAAACUGACGUUAUGUUUACACAAAUUUAGAAAUUUGUGAAAUGGAAGAAAAUAAAUGUUUACUUGAAUUG